UCCUGCGACGGUCCUCCUUCAGUCUUAGAACUCACCUCGGUCGGGCUGUACGGGCACACGGGUUUGAAGCGAACCAUCAGUUUACGUUUCGGUUUCAGGUUCAGUUGUACGGUGCCGUGACGCGGGCCCCAACCAGAGGGACAAGAGCUGAUUAUCGUGUACCCAGAUUCACUUGCUCAUCCUCCAUAGCCCGAUUGUGCUGCACGGCCGGUGUUGAUCAGUGCAACAAAUACUUUAACGUUUGCAGAAAAUGUUGAUCCUGCCCGUGAACACACAGAGAUGGACACUGAGAUAGCCUACUUCGCACUGCUUGUUUGCUUUGGCUUGCUGUGGGGCACCCCGUCCGACGCAUCGAAUGUACUGAUGGCCGCCUUAAGCGAUACGCUGUUGCCAUGUGGUGACCGGCAUUGUAGUAACGCAACGGAAAUAUGUAAAGACGACCAAUUCUGCGAGUGUAAGCCACAUUUUGAGGACCUCGGAACAUUCGAGUGUGUACCAUGCCCGGGUGAAGGACUGCAUUGCCGCGGUUGUUGCAUGACCGAUGCGUUGGUAUGCUACCGGGGAAUCUGUCAAAGGUGCGCUGUAGAUAGUAAUGGCAAUUGCAUACCUCAGGAGUCACUGUUUUUCCUCACAGCGGCCCAAGUUGCCUUGGCAACUGCAAUGGUACUGGGUGUGAUAUCCCUAAGCUUUCUACUCUACAAAACUCUUCGUUCUCGUUUAAGACGCAGCAAUAACCAAACGGCACCAAGCGAAUUCCGACAAUCGGUGGUCAGCCGUGUAUCGCUUUCCUCCAUACAGCAACGAGUGGUUCGUCGAUUGCGUGAUCGUCCCCCGAAAUACGAAACACGACACAACUAUGAGCACCAGCAGCGGCAAAUGGAGCGGCAGAAUAGUCAGCAAAACACACCUGCCAGCCCACCACCGCCGCCGCCGGAGGAAGCAGCACAACAGCGUAGCCCGAUUCCGAUAAGUGGACCUCCACCGGCUUACGAGGGCGACACGAUGUCUUUGGCGGAAAAUCCGCCACCUUAUACUGCAGAACCGACUGGCGACGAUCGAGUGGCAGUAAUCGAUAUUCCCCUAACUAACCAGCUUUCGGUUGAGUCUUCGUCACCCGGGACGACGGAAUCUAGUACGGUUGAUGCACAGGAACUGCAGGGAAUCGACAAUCAGGUGUUUGAGCCGGAUAAGCCCAUCCAAUCGCCGGCAGUUGAUCGAAAGGGCGAAGGAGAAAGCGUUGCCCAAACCCGAAGCUACGAUAUUCCUCUAGUCAGUAACGACGAUAAAACGGUUUACAUGUAAAGAUCCGGCCGCUUACGAGUUAGCUUUGUGCGGAAACCUGAAUGAAUGGUGUAAGUUAUUUGUAAUGUUUGUACAAUAAAAAAGAAACGGAGGCAAACUCCUCUUCCUAGCA